UGCUUUUGAAGGGGCAUCGGUGAUUACUCACAAACACGAAUGCAGAAAGACUAAAACUUUGAGCUAAAAGUAGAUAAACUCUGAUUACCAAAGUGCUUUUUAUUUCAGCAAAAGGCACUGGAAGCAGCCAUGAAUGAUAUAAAUGGCUCAUUUGGGAAGGGAAGUGUUACAAGAUUAGGAAGUGCUGGUGGAGCCUUGGUUGAAACUUUUCCCAGUGGCUGCUUGACAUUAGACCUUGCCUUAGGUGGUGGCCUUCCAAAAGGGAGAAUUGUGGAGAAACUUGGAGGAAAUGCUAUGCUUGUUGAUGCAGAACAUGCUUUUGAUCCAGCAUAUUCAAAAGCACUGGGAGUAGAUGUAGAAAAUCUGAUUGUCUGUCAGCCUGAUCAUGGAGAAAUGGCACUUGAGAAUUGGUGUAUAUUAUGGGAAUCCAGAAGUGACAUCUGGAGGAAUUGCAUUAAAAUUCUUUGCCUCAGUUCGGCUUGAAAUACGUUCUACAGGGAAGAUAAAGUAAAGGGAGAUGAAGAAAUUGGGGUUCGGGUUCGUGUAAGAGUGCAAAAGAGUAAGGUAACUUUGAGUACAUCAGAAUCACUUCUGCAUCCGUAAGGCUUGUGCACCAUGCAUAGAAGGAACGCUUCUAUUGUUAACUUAAUGAUUACUUGAAGCUGUUGUUGCAGUUUUACUAGAACUUUUGAACUGGUUUAAAGUAUGAAAAUGUGACAGUUUCUUAUAUAUUGUUUGAAAUGGUACCAGGCAUAUUGUUUUUUGUUGAUAAAGAUUGAAACUUGAAUAAAGGUUUGACGAAAUUUUGUGUUUGUUUUGGCUCGAGAGAAAACAGAAGAGCAAGAGUCACUUUGUAUAUUUUCUUGAUAUCCAAAAAACAAAUUACAAAGACUAUAUCUUUUUGUUUCACAGCCGGUCUAAAAACCAGAACCUACAUCUAGAGGCCUAGUACUCUUCUCCGAUCAUAAAUGGUUAUCAGAGGAUAUCAUCCAUCCACUUGGAGGAAGAUGAGAAUGCUCAGUACAAAUAAAAGAUAAAACACCAGCUGUAAUCUUUCUAAAAACAGGGGAAGAAACUAGCUGUUGAAAAUUAAAAAGCUCCUUCUAAUUUUAGUAAGGUCUUCAUUUCUUCACACUUUCCUGCUUCCUUUUGACUUCAUCUGCAGGAUUACCUUCUGCAGGAUACCUCUAAAGCAAGGAGGCAGCUUAAUUCUCAACAGCCUCUCCUAAGCUGCUUACUGGCUUUACUCCUAACUUCAUCCUCAAGUAAUUGAAUCGAUCUUUAGGCAAGGCUUUAGUAAAUAUGUCUGCAAGUUGUUCUUCACUUCUGCAGAACUUCACAUUAAUCACACCUUCUUGUAGUGCUUCCCUUAUAAAAUGAAACUUCCUAUUUAUGUGUCUGGUUUUCUGGUGAAAGACAGGAUUUUUCACCAUGGAGAUUGCAGACAUGUUGUCACAGAAUAAGGGUGUUGCAUCAGCUUGCAUUUCUCCAAAAUCAUCGAGUACAAAUCUUAGCCAAAUAGCCUGGGCCGUGGCUUCUGCUGCUGAGACAUACUCGGCCUCUGCAGUUGAUAAAGCAACUGUAUUUUGCU